AUGGUCGCCUCCCAGGACGCUCUCGCCGAGCUGACAAGGUGCCUGGACACCAGCACUCUGCUCGACCUUGCUCGCCGGUUUUCGGAGACGUACACAAGCCUUGCGAAGACCUCUACGGAACAUUUUCUCACUACGCCUUUGACUGCCUUGCCGGAUGGGAAAGAGCAAGGCACGUUUCUGGCUAUCGAUGUUGGUGGAUCAAAUUUAAGAGUGGGUUUUGUUGAAUUGACCGGAGGAACCACAGCUGAUCAAGGGAAUGACGAAGUCGAGGAUGCCACAUCUACAAGAAUCAGAAGAAGCCAUGACAAGAGCUGGCCGAUUGGAGACCACCUGAAGAUGGACCAGCCAGAAGACCUUUUCGGGUGGAUCGGCGACUGCAUGGCUGAGGUCAUUAGAGAAGCAAUCGACUGCACUUCAAUCCCAGCAGACCGCGAUAUCUUACUGGGCGUCACCUUCAGCUUUCCAAUGGCCCAAACGCAUCUGUCAGAAGCCACGUUGCUGCCCAUGGGGAAAGGCUUCGCCAUCGCCUCAAACCUGAAUCUAGGUGAGAUGCUGCUUACCGGGUACGCCCGCCACUGCACAGAAAGUACACCAAACGGAGCACUCGACAACCCUACUACCUUGCCAAAGAUUGAGGUGACAGCCAUAACCAACGACACAGUAGCAACCUUCGUCUCCCUCUCCUACGCCAUCAACCCCACGCCCCACAGCCGCGUCGCCAUGGGCCUGAUAGUCGGCACCGGCACCAACGCCACCGUGCCCAUGCGCCCACACACCCUGCACCCCUCGAAACAGCACCAAAUCCCUGCUCACCCCUCCCCCAAAACCGUGGUCAUAAACACCGAAUGGACGAUCCGCGGCACCGACUCCCCCCUCACCGCACUCAACCUCAAAACGAAAUGGGACAAGACGCUCGACGCCGCAAGCGACGCGCCAGGGUUCCAGCCAUUCGAGUACAUGACCUCAGGGCGGUAUCUGGGCGAGAUCGUACGGCUAGCGUUCCUCGACACACUGGGCGACUCCGACCACGCCGACAACGCAGACAACGCAGACGCAGGUUCCGCCGGCCCGCUCAGCGUCCCGGAGGCACUGACCCACCGCCACGCGCUGCCGACGCACUUCCUCGCCGCGACCGUGGCCCGCGCAGACCCCCAGCUACCCGAAACACUGCGCGCGCAGUUCCCCUCGCCCGACGCUUUUUUCUGGACCCCGGCGCGCGUGCGGCUGCUGUGCGACCUCGCGCGCGCGGUGCAGCGGCGCUCGUCUGCGCUCAUCGCCGCCGCGUGUCUGGGGCUGCUGAGCUGUGUGGGGGAGAUCGAUCUCGAGGCCCCCGAUCUCGAGGCCCCUGCCACGAAUGGCACGGCGAACGGCACGCGUAUCGGAGAAGAGAGAGACGAGGAGGAGGAGCUGGUAAUCGCGUACACGGGCGGCACGAUAGCGGGGUAUCCGGCGUACGUGAAGGACUGUCAGGCGUGGAUUGAUGGGGUGCUUGGGGAGUGUGCGGCGGGGAAGAGGGUUGUGCUGCGGGAGGCGGUGGAUGGGGGGAUUGUUGGGGCGGGGGUGUUGGCGGGGAUGGGGAGUCGGGGGGCGUGA